ACUGGUGGUUGCAUGGUAUCCCUCUGAAAAAGACUUAAAACUCAAGCAAGCAGUUCAAAUACUGACCAACAAAAAGUAAUGUAAAACAACAUUCAAACACAACGAUAUCAUUUUCUCUUCAACAUUUUUUUUUUUUUUUUCCCUAAAUGAAGCAGCUUUCUAUAGACCGCCGGAUCCAAUCCCUCUUCCCUAUUGUGUUGGCUUCUCUUCUCGUCUUAGGGACUGCAAAGCUGGUCCUUGAAAAGUUGAAGAGCAACCAUAGCUAUGCUUUUCAGAUAAAUGGCAGGGCAAGAGAUGGAAAGCAUGGACUAGCAGUUAUUGUUUCUCCUGAGGACCGCAUCGAUGAAAGUUGCAACGUUUUCGAAGGAGAAUGGGUAUGGGACAAUGUCUCUCAUCCUCUUUAUACAGAAGAGAGUUGCCCCUACCUGGUAAAACAGGUUACUUGCCAAAGGAAUGGAAGACCUGAUUCUUUCUAUAAGAACUGGAGGUGGCAGCCUAAUGGAUGCAAACUCCCAAGGUUUGAUCCAUUGAAGUUGCUGCAAAUUUUGCGAGGAAAACGACUAAUGUUUGUUGGAGACUCUGUACAAAGAGGCCAGUUCGAAUCCUUGGUGUGUAUGCUCCAAUCUGUCAUACCUGAAGGAAAGAAAUCGCUUGAAAGAAUUCCUCCCAGGAAGAUCUUUAAAAUCCAGGAAUUUGAUGCAUCGAUCGAGUAUUACUGGGCUCCAUUCAUCGUCGAGUCGAUUUCAGAUCAUGCAACAAAACAUACUGUGUUGAAACGGCUGGUGAAGCUUGACUCCAUAUCAACCCAUGGCAAACAUUGGAAAGGAGUUGAUGUGUUGGUGUUUGAGAGCUAUGUAUGGUGGAAGUAUAAGCCUACAAUCAACGCAACAUAUGGGAGUCCGGAUGACGUGGAAGAAUACAAUGUGACCACUGCAUAUAGAUUGGCUUUAGAAACAUGGGCAAAUUGGUUAGAAUCCAGCAUCAACCCCUACACUCAGAAGGUCUUCUUCAUGAGUAUGUCCCCCACACAUUUAUGGAGCUGGGAGUGGAAACCUGGGAGCAAUGAAAACUGCUUUAAUGAAUCAUACCCAAUCCAAGGUCCAUAUUGGGGUACCGGUUCAAGUCUGGAAAUCAUGGACAUAGUACAUGACAUAUUAGAAGAAUUGAAAGUCAAUGUGACAUUAUUGAAUAUUACUCAGUUGUCAGAAUUUCGGAAAGAUGCUCAUACAACAAUAUAUGGUGAACGCAAGGGCAAGCUCUUGACCAAGGAACAGAGAUCUGAUCCAAAGAACUUCGCUGAUUGCAUUCAUUGGUGCUUACCAGGCGUCCCUGAUACAUGGAAUGAAAUUCUGUAUGCAUAUUUGUUAAAGAAUCACCAAAAUGUAUCAUAACCUGAAUGAUAAAAUAGGCGAGGCUCUGUGAAAUCUAUGAGGUACAUUAGUAUGCCGAUAUUGGAUAUUAAUAACUACGACAUUUUUUUUCAUUUUUUUAAGCAGGGAAGAAGAAUAAGGAACCAGUGGCACAAGCAUUAGCACAAGAUUAUAACCUUUUAUUCUUUUCUUAAUCAAAGACACAAAUGUAAUGUUGUACAAUGAUUUCAGAGUUAUUGCAAGUUUGCGUAAGGAAGAACGCCAAUUUCGUCAUACCUUCCACA